GGCGUCAAUGGGAGCCUGUUAGAGCAUCAAAGUGUGUGCGAAAGCAGAAAUCUGUGACAUCAGUGACAGGACAGGAGAAGCAGCAUUUAGAUUACAGCGCAGCUAUUUACAUAUGGGGGUGUGCUGGCUGUAUAAAGGCUGAGAUUCAGGCUCUAACACACAGCUGCUGAGUACUUUGGAUGUGAUGUGCAAUGUCAAGGUUUAAAAAGAUCGUCUUGAAAAAUUCACAGUAGAGCUCAGACGCACAUGUAGCUGCAGGAAUCACAAGAGAGAGAAAAAGUGAGAAGAAAAAGAGUUUUUGCAAAUCUGUCAUCUUUUCCAGGAUAUAAACAGGUUGUGAUACACCUACAAAAUGACAGCUACCUGGCUUCUGCUUCUGCUUGUCACCCUUCACUUCACCAGCACGUCACUGAUCAUGGGACAGUAUUUCCCUGAAGAUGGAGAGAGUGAGAGAGUUCCCUUAGAUGACAUCCUUCAGCGAGCUGAAAACAUUAUCAUCAGAUCAAUUCUGAGGAAGAUAGAAGAGGAUGAAGUCAAUGAGGAUCCAGGCACUGCUCAGGGAGAGUGGUUGUCCAAGCGGCAACAUCCUGGCAAGAGAUUCCAAGAAGAUCUAGAAAAAAGACAGCAUCCAGGAAAAAGAGAUGAUGGUGAAGCAAUGGAUUACCUGGAGGCUCAGAAAAGACAACACCCUGGGAAAAGAGAUGAAGAUGAUGUGUAUCUUGAUGCUGAAAAGAGACAGCACCCAGGGAAAAGAGACGAUGACAAUGACUCUGAAAGUUAUGCAGAUAUACAGAAGAGGCCACUUCUUUCCAGACGACCUAUCUGGGGCCAGUACAGUGACAACACUGGCACUCAGCUGGCACACCUAAAUGAGAUAUCAAAGAGGCAACAUCCAGGAAAACGAUACUUGCUGUAUAACAAACGACAGCACCCUGGUAAAAGGAGCUGGGAGGAAGAACAGGACCAGUUGCAAGAUCUAGAAAAGCGCCAACACCCAGGCAAGAGAUACAUCGACUCUGACAGUUUGGACUAUAACUCUCCUUGUGACAUUCAGGACCCAGUUAACUGCAGCAAAGCGGGGCUCUUAUUAGAGGUGCUAGAUAAGGUCAAUAAAGGGAGGGCAGAUGAAAAACGACAACAUCCAGGAAGGCGAUUUUUAUGGGAAGGAGAUAUGGGUGAUGAAGAAUAGAACCCCCUUGCAAAUCAGCUAUUACUGUAAAAUGCACCAUUACUUUAUUAUGAGUUCUCUGUAAGACCACUUAAAGUUUUAUUUCUCUGCUGCCAUCUACCAUUAGGCACACAGUUUUGUACAAAAAGCUGACACAAGCAUUUCUAGGUCUGACAGAGUAUUGCUUAUAACAACAGUAAAUAGAGCAAGGCAGAAAAUUAUAUGAAAAACUCAAUUCUUGUCUAAGAAAAUAUUCUGUUGGAAACAUUGCUUUUCAAAUAUGGAUGGGUCAUACAUAGUCACCCUGAAUAUAUCACUAAAUAAUUAAUAGAAUGCUUAUAGGUGCAAUUGCCUUUGAAUGAAAAACAAAAGAAACUACCCCAACUGUCAAAAUACAUGGAUGUUGUGUCUUGCAGUCUUGUACAGUGACUUAACUUUUUUCUUCAUAUUGCAUAAAAAUGUUAUUAAGACUGCCUCAGCAAUUUGAAAUGCAGAGACUAGAAAAUGAAGCAGUGCAUAGGAAAUGCUACCUUCCUUCAAAAUCCAGCUUAAGCUUUAUCAAUAAAAACAUUAAUGGUCAUACUAAUUCUAUAUCACUAGUGGUUCCAGAUGAUUUCAUAAUACAUUCUUUUAUGGUGUGCUUUCUCCUGAUUUUGUACUGUUUCUGUAGCUUACGUGAACAGAAUCAUAAGCAUGCAUUCCCUCUCACUGCCACUGAGAAAGUAAAGUAAUUGAUUUGCAAAUGCUAAAUUCUGACCGAAAGAAAAUUUUCCACCCAAUAAAUUAGAAGCUAUAUGGACUUGUAAACUCUUUGUAAUGACUGGUACCUUUCCCUAUAAGAACAUAAAAUGUUUCUGUCUUCCAAAUAAAAUGAACACUGAGAAGCAUGUACUAUACAAUGGCAAGUAUACAUAGUGAGGUAUUGCAGUCACUGGUAAAAAGCAACACUAAUAACCGCAAUCAAGAGGAAGGUGUCUAAAUAUUUACAAACUAUGGUUCAUGUAACAUACACUUGAAUGGUAAAUUAAAUUGUCUUAAUCUGUUGAGUUAAAAGUUAGGAAGCACUAAUGCACCCACCUGAUGACACAGCACUUCUUCAAUUAAUCAGAGAUUUCCAUACUACUGUUGAGUGUGCAGCACUCAUUUCAAGUGUUGAAAUAAAAAUGCUUGCCCAUUUACUGUUGCUAAACAAUGCUGAGAAAAUAGAAAAUUUAGCAAAACAAUGCUAUGUACCAAAAUGUAUUUGGCCAUCUUGAAUUAUGAUUAUAUUUCAGGUCAAAUUCCAAAGGCAUGGGUCAAUGUUGCAGAUCUUGUCUGCCAGGACAGAGUCACUGCCUCUGGCUGUCCAAGAGCAAGCACCAUAACCAGUUAAUGUAUUCACGAGGGGAUGAGUUACAUAGUGUACAGCAGGAGGAGUUACACUGUGAAACUCUUGGUGAGUAAUGGAUGAUAUUCUCAUAUAGAAAAGUGGAAUAUUAGCUGAGAAAUCAUCACUGCCAUAAACUAUCUACAUUAAGCUAUUCUGUAACAGGCAAGUAAAAUGAACCAAAGUAUGUACUCAGACGAUAAGUAUAUCCACUUAAAAUACAGAAGUGUAACAGCAAUGGAGCUAAGAAAACCAGGGGCCAAAUCAAGCAACAUAUAACGGGACAGUAGCUUAUGGGAAAGUGUAGGCGGCAGGUUUCAUCCUUUACAUUUAUAAACAGUAUAUAGGAUAUGAUAUAGUAUCAGGGAAGUUAGAUGGUAAAUUGCAUUACACUGUAUGAAAGGGCAACAGCUGUUAUAUCUAAAUUACAUGGGACAUAGGCCAAGAAUGAUCUGAUAUGCAUUUACUGUAAACAAUCCCAAAAUGUAAUAACAAUGCCACCAGCUCACUGUUGCUCUGUUACUCCAUAUGUGCGAUAUCCUUGAUAUUCUGCCAUACUGAACACUAGCAUUGUUGUGGCUGACUACAACAUCCCCUCCCUUACAUAAGGCAUUCUUCACAGCAUUCUUUUAUUAUUUGUCUGAUCCACCAGUUUUCACAUGCUCUUUGAAUCAUAGCAACACAUAUAUAUUUUUUAGGGGGAGAGUAAGUGUAACAAAUAUGACUAUCCAUUAGGUCAUACCUGCUUCCUAGUUUGCAUAUGUAGCAUUGAGAAUUGCAUAAGCCUUCAUUUGCAAACAAGACCAUACUAUGUUCACUUACAAAGUCAGAGCACUGCCAUUCCUGAGUGUUAGAAAACAUUGAAAUCUGGUACUUAAUCCAGUGAACCCUUAUCUUUAUAAUGAUCAUAUUCUAAUUUGGCACCAAAAGCUGAAUAUGUGUAGAUGCCUGGUCAAUAUUCUGUAUAUUAUUAAAAUUAAUGAUGCCAGAGUAUUACAAAUGGGGUCUAUAUUAUUUCACUGAAAGUUAUUUAAAGCAAACACCUUUCUGUUGAACCCUAUUCAGCAAAAAUCACUUUUGCAAUUUGCUGAAUUUACCAAGGGCAAGGAAGUAGUUGGCCAACUAUACAACUUUGCCCUUUUCCCCACUGUAGUGCAGUUUCAGCAUUGGUAUAUAUAGUUAGGGGAUAUGGGAGUGCAGCCCCCCCACAUCUUGGGGUGUGGGGUCAAAACACCCCACUUGGAUGGGUUUGGUUUAGUUAGUUGUGGCUUCCAUUGUGCUGCAGGGCAAUUGUUUUCUUGCCCUUGGAAAAUUCAGUGAAUCACGGAAGUGAUUUUUACUGAAUGGGGGUCGAUGGAAAGGUGUUUCCUAAAAAUAACUUUUGGUGACCUAAUACAGAUCCUUACAAAUGUACAAUAACUUGUAGUGUAAGUGUAAUGGUUUGACAUUCUUGGAGGUAUCAUUAGAGACUGUGGCUUAAAAUUAUGGCCAGGCUAGUUCUCUGAGUGGGUUUGGGAAAACAUCUCCACCUUAAGGGUGGGAGCUUUAAAGGCUUCUAGACAACUUAUAACAUGUUUUGACAUAUAAAUAAAAGUAUCAGUAUGUAAGGGGAUGGGGUCAGCACCACAAGGUGUCAUUAGCUACCCUGAGUGCUUACAGUGGUUGUCCAGUUCUCAGCCUGAUGCAUCCUUCACUUUGCCAGAACAGGCUAUUGACUCUGUCUCACAGGGCUGUAGGGUUACAAUUGGAUUAGAGACUUAUUCAUUGGAGGAAGUUCAGGCCCAUAGAUAGACAAUGUGCCACCACAGACACAGAACUUGACUAAUAACACACCCUAGAGUUGUUAAAAAAGGAUAAUCUUAACCAAACCACAUUUCUGGAAUACCAAAGGUUAAUUAAGUGAGUACUGCAAAGAUCCUCCAACAUAAUUCUGUUCAUACUGUCAAAACACAGAUUUCUAUGCUCACAUUCUCAGCUUUCCAAGAACUCAUAACAAAGUCCAUCAGCCCAGUAUAAACAGCAAAUACGUGAACAUGUGCACACAAGCAAACGAGCGUGCGUGCACACACACACACACACACACACACACACACACUCACACACACACACACACACACACGCGCAUGUACCAACGUGCACACGUGCACAGACACACAUGCGCACUCGCGCACACACACUCUCACACACACGAUUAGAUGUAGUAUCAGUACCUGUUAUGCACAGUGAGUAUCUACAUGUUUGACUGACAUCUCUGCAUGUCUUAUACAGUGUGGCAAAAUGAUGAGACAAGUGUUUCUGCAACAGUUUAGUGACUCUGCUUUGUCACACUAGUAACUAUUAUUCUGCAGUCAGCUGCACUUACCAAAGAAAAACAGAUAGAUUAUCCCACAGCUUAUGAAACUAUUGUAAGCUGGACCCAUAUUUGGAAAUACUAGUGAUGUGUAUCAGGGUUUGGGGGCUGUGCCUGUGCAAUUCUCAUGGCCCUCUAACAGGACUUUGUGUCCUAAAGCUGUAACUAGUAGUUAUGAGAGAUAUAAAAUAUAAAUCCGCAUUACCUUUCGGAAAGUCUGUUAGGAUUUAUAAAAGAAAUAAAAAUUCAAACAAUAUACAAAUCACAGACAACAAAUAAUUUCUUAUAAAUUAUAGGAUAAUAAUUAUAGAGCUUUGCCACUAUUUGGGAAGACAUCUGGGCACUGCUUGCACUCAUAUUAUUUAUUUUAUUCAUUUGUUAAGACCACUGGACGUAGGCGCCCUUUUUAGAGAGCAACUUUGAAGUACUGUCUAGUUAAGUGUCUUGGUCUGAGUCACACAUCAGACAAAUGGAAGGAAUUUAUCCUUGUAUCUUGGGUACAGGAAUAAGCUAGUUAACAUCUCAGAGUCAUAAUCUGAUCAGACUGAAGCUAUUUUCCCUUUUGUUCCUCAUCUAACUUGCUUUUACUGACUGAGUUAUGCCCACUAGCCUUGUGAUCUAUUUUCAUGGGAGAGCCAAAGUGGUAAUUUUAAAGAUGUUUGCAGUUUUGUUAAUUACAAUAGCAUGGAUGCAAGCUCAUAACUGUCUAGACAUUGUUUUGUUUGCUGCAUUGUCAUACAUACUACCAUAAUUUGAUUAUUAUGAGUGCUAAGUAAUCUUCAAGGAUGAAUAUCAGCAGCAUCAUUAACAGAACUCCUGUGUAUGAAGCAGUCACAAAGCCGAGGGACAUAUCACUAUGACCCUGUUUGCAUUCUAUGUUCAACAGGGCUCUGCGAUUAAAAAACAAGCUAUAAAUCAUUUUGCAUAAAUAUUAUUUUUUUAGUGUAGUUCAAACAUCGGUAAGAGCUAUUAAAGAACAGGAUGAAUGCAAUUUGAAAAAUAUAAUAUAGGAAAUAAAGCAAUUAUUUCCAUUUCUUUCUUUAGCUCUACAUUGCAAAUAAGAAGUGCUCUAGCCUUCAGAUACUGCAUUGAUGUAAAAGAUGUCAGUAAAAGACUAAGACCAGUAAACAAUACGCACUUAAAGAACAGAUACUGGAAAAGCAUUGUGAAACCUUGGUAAAUGUGUUCCAUCAUGACUUUAAACUGAUUAAUUCUUCAUAGUUGCUCAGUUUUCUUUCAGGGGUAUACCUUGUGUCCAGGAUUCUUUCUUUUACUUUAAUUCUAAACAGAGCUUCCAUAAAGAAAUGUGCUACUCUCUGCCUAGUUAUUUAUAUAAUGCAAAAGAAAUAUCUUUACUUUGUGUGGUCUUCAGAUAUAUGUAUAAAUGUAUACAUAUAUGAAAGUGGUUUAGCAGAACUACAUAUAUACAUACAUGCAUAUCCCCUGCUUUGGAUGUCGUACUCUACAAUUGUAAAUUUUACUUACAGUGUGUAAAAAUUUCAAGUGUUUUCCUGAACAAAGAAAUGGCUAUCCAAAUUAUUUUUUUAUGCAAGACCCAAUUAGUGACAGUGGAUUGAUGUUGACUGUGUAAAUAAGUAUUUUAAUACUGAAAUAAACACUGCUGUGUAAAUAGUGAAAGACUCCCUCUGGGAUUCUGCGUGUGUAUUAUACAAAAUUAAAUGCAUCCAAAAUAAACCUGCAAGCAUCUUGUUAAGA